UGUGACAAAGCAGUGGCCGGUUAAGCCGCUGAUUGCAGCGGUUGGGUCUUGCUGCCUGGUGGGUGUUAUAUGCGAAGGGAUGCUCUACAUAGCUAAUGUUGGUGACUCCCGUGCGGUCCUUGGAAGGGCUAUGAAGGCGACUGGGGAGGUUAUUGCGCUGCAGCUCUCAGCGGAACAUAAUGUGAGCAUUGAGUCUGUUAGGCAGGAAAUGCACUCCUUGCACCCUGAUGACUCGCAUAUCGUCAUGUUGAAGCAUAAUGUGUGGCGUGUCAAGGGCCUUAUUCAGGUAUCUAGAUCCAUAGGCGACAUGUAUCUAAAGAAAGCAGAGUUCAACAAGGAACCAUUGUACACAAAGUACAGACUCCGCGAGCCGAUCAAAAGACCGAUCUUGAGUGGGGAACCGACAAUAACAGAGCAUGAGCUACAACCUCAAGAUCAGUUUCUGAUAUUUGCUUCUGACGGACUAUGGGAGCAGCUGAGCAACCAAGAAGCUGUUGACAUCGUUCAGAACCACCCUCGAAACGGGAUUGCACGGAGACUGGUGAAGAUGGCAUUGCAAGCGGCGGCAAAGAAAAGAGAGAUGAGGUACUCUGAUCUGAAGAAGAUAGAGAGAGGAGUGAGGAGGCAUUUCCACGAUGAUAUAACAGUGGUCGUCAUCUUCCUUGAUACCAAUGUAGUGAGCUCUGCCAAAGGACCUUCUCUUUCUAUCAGAGGCGGUGGUAUGACUUUCCCCAAGAAACUCUAA